AUGUUUUAACCAAAAAUGAUAGAAUUAGAAAAAUAGCUGAAUUGUAGUUAAAACCAUAAUGAAGCAAUACAUAUGGUUGUAUUUGAUAAAAAGUUAAAGAGAUAGGAACGUCUUUUGUGUAAUAUUUGUAUGGAAACAUUUGAAUCAGACUCAAAAACAAUUGGAUUUAAAAAAGUAAUUGAGAUGAUAGAAUAUAAUUAAAAAAAUAAAGUAGAAAAUAUCUAAAGAUUGAUCAAAAUAGAUGUUGAAUUAGUUGAAUAGUUGUUGAAUGAAUUUCAUAUAAUAAAAUAAAAGCUUAACUAAGAAUUAGAUUAAUUGAUAUUUAAUUCAUUAGAAUGGAUUAAAAGUCUUAAUGAUAUUGGAACUAUUAAUUCAUAAUAUAGUUUCUUUGAUGAAUUAGAAGUAUUAAUUAAUAAUCCUUAACAAAAUAUAUUCAAUUCACAAUAAUUGAUUGAGUCAAUUACAAAACUUAACAAUUCACUUUUUAAUAAAAUUAAUUAAAAGUUAUCUACACUUAAAAACAUACAACUCUAUUCAUAAUCUGAAUUAAUCUUAUAAAAUUUGGAUUUAUCCCAUCAUUACAAAAUAAUUGAUAAUUCAAUUAGAUAAUCAGUUUCUUGUUUUGCAAUCUCUUUUAAUUAAUCUGGAUCACUUAUGAUUUCUGCUUCUAAUCAUAAUAUUAAAGUAUGGGAAUUUAUGCAAGGAAGAUUAAAAGAAAUAACUACACUUAAUGGACACACUGAAACAAUCAGUUGUCUAUAAUUUAGUAAGAAGAGUAAUAGUUUUGUAUCAGGUGGAUAUGAUAAUUCAAUUCGAUGUUGGAAAUAGAUAAAUGAAAAAGAAUGGCAGAGUUCUUAAUCAUAUUAACAGCAUACUAAUUUUAUAAAUUGUUUAAUCUUUAAUCAAUCUGAAAAUUAACUUGUUUCUGGAGCAGUUGAUUAUUCAAUUAAGAUUUGGUAAAUUGAUUUCAUUAACAAUCAAUUAACUUAUCUUUACUCAUUAAAUAAGCAUACAAAUUCUAUUUAUAGUUUAUGCUUUAAUUAAUUAGAAAAUACAUUGGUUUCUUGUGGUGGUGAUAAUUAAAUAAUUAUUUGGAAAUAAGAUAAUAAUUAGAAAUGGUAAUUUGAGUAUGUAGUUACUUAGAAUAUUUAAGAAUCAGGAUGCAGAUUGUAAUUUAUAAAUGAUGAUUAAUUAAUUUGGGUGACAGGAAUUCAAGUAAGCAAGGAUUGUAUCAGCAUAUUUGAACUAAGAAAUGGAAAAUAUCAAGAAAACUUGGAUAAAUAACUAUAAUUGAUUAAAAAUGAUAAUGUUUCUGAUCUGAAUUUAUUUCCUAUUUUUUAUAAUAAAGAAAAGAAAUUGAUGAUAGUUAAGCACAAAUAACACGUUUAUUUGAUAAAAAUAACAAACGAAGGCUAUUUAAAAAUAAUUACAUAGAUAAAAUAUGAAUCAAAUUCUAUUUAAGGAGCAUUAAGUAAUGACGGAAGAUAUUUAGUAAGGGUUUGGGGUUGGGUUGGGGUUGGGUUUGGGGUUGGCUGGGAAGUACCUCUCUUGUGUACUUAGUAGGGUCGGGCACGGGUUGACUUCGGGGGAUAAACGACAUCUUUUUGA